ACCAAGUGUACCUGAAAGUAAUAUCCCAAAACGCAAUAAAAAAAAAAACAAUAUUUUUUCAAAGCGUGAAACUUAAAUUGAUAAAAUUGUGAAUGAAUUAAAUCGGUUUGUGACCUUACGAUUCAAAGUGAUAACGUGUGAGUUAAAAAGCUCAAACAAUGCCGACCACCUGUAAGGUUGAAUUUGAAAAUAGUCCGAGAAAGAUCGUCUACUCCGGUCAACUCCUCAAGGGAACUUGUGAGAUUGCAUUUCGCGUGCCAAAAACAUUACACGGCAUUUACAUUCGUUUGAAAGGAUCAGCGUACGUUCAGUGGAAACAAGGCAAGAGAGUGAUCACUGGCCAAGAGACCUAUAUAGACGAGUUAAAAUAUUUUGUAGGAGGACCGAGAGACGAGAUUCAUUUACAACCGGGAACUUACAAUUAUGCGUUUGAAUUUAAGAUGUCUGAAAGUCUACCGUCAUCAAUUGAAGGUCGAUGCGGACGGAUUUCAUACUCGGCUCAUGUUGUUUUUGAUUCGCCUGGUUGGACAGACAAAAAAUUUCAUAUACCAUUCCACGUCCUCAAUCCAAUAAGUUUGAAUGAAAACUUACCUCUACGACAACCAGUUAUUGUCGAUAAAGAGCAAAGUAUUCAGCCAUUUUAUAUGGUGUGCUGUGACUCAGAACUUACAAACGUAUCAGCACGGAUUCCAGUAGCCGGAUACGCACCUGGACAAACAAUAAAUAUCAGUGUAACAUGUAACAAUAACAGCAGUCAACCGUUCUAUAAAUUUACAGCCGAACUUCUCAAGGAAGUCACAUUCUAUCGGCAUGCCGGCAGUUCGCAUGACAGAGAAGAAAAAUCCUGCAUUGCAAAGGGCAUGAGCAGCGAAGGCUGUGAACCAAAACAAGUGAAAACUGUUGGCGUGAGUGUUGAUAUACCAGCAACGGUACCAAGCGACAUUAUACAUUCAAACAUCGUUAAAAUCAGAUAUAUGCUUCGUGUUUUUGGGAUAACACCACUAUUAUUUAACAGUACCAAGUUGAUUAUACCUAUUACGAUUGGAACGUUCAUAGUUCGUGGUGGAAUUCCGGCGAAGACAGAUCAUCCAGAUUAUUUAAAUGUUCCAACUAUUCCGAUCGGUGUUGAUAAUGUCAUUUCAAAACAACCAUCUGCCUCAAUAUCGGAAAUCGAUUAAAGAUAUUGAAUCAACAUUUUCAAUUUCCAAUCCAAAUCCCAUUCACGACACUAUGUUUUUACUAUACACGAUUGAAGCGUGUGUCGAGAGAUGUAUUCUUUUUGUGUCAAACACCAUUUUGUGAUCAUAAGUUGAUUCAAUAUUUUGUUUUUAAUUUCUUUUUGCUGCAGAACAU